UUUCUGAGGAUCCUGAGCCCCAGGAUCGAUACCAUGGGAUUUAUUUUGCCAUGCUGCUGGCGGGGGUGGGAUUUCUCCUGCCGUACAACAGCUUUAUCACCGAUGUGGACUACCUGCACCAUAAAUACCCAGGGACCUCCAUCGUCUUCGACAUGAGCCUCACCUACAUCUUGGUGGCCUUGGUGGCCGUCAUCCUCAACAAUGCCCUGGUGGAGCUGCUGAGCUUGCACACCCGGAUCUCCGUGGGCUAUCUCUUCGCCCUGGGGCCCCUGCUCUUUGUCAGCAUCUGUGACGUCUGGCUGGAGCUCUUCACCCGCAGGCAAGCCUACGCCAUCAACCUGGUCGCUGUCGGGGUGGUGGCCUUUGGCUGCACAGUGCAGCAAUCCAGCUUCUACGGCUACACGGGACUGCUGCCCAAGCGCUACACGCAGGGAGUGAUGACGGGCGAGAGCACCGCCGGGGUCAUCAUCUCGCUCAGCCGUAUCUUCACCAAGCUGCUGCUGUCAGACGAGAAGGAGAACACGGUCAUCUUCUUCUUCAUCUCCAUUGGCAUGGAGUUGACAUGCUUCAUCCUUCACCUCCUGGUGAAGCGCACCCGCUUCGUCCGGUACUACACAGCCUCCUCCCGCAAGGGUCUGCCUGAGAGCCGGGGGGCCAGCGACCGCGGGACGGGCUACCGUGUCCACCACGAUGUCACCGCUGAGGACAUCCGAUUUGAGAACCGGCAGCGGGAGCAGCCGAGCUCCCCCCGGGGCAGCCCGGGCCCCGAAGCCGAGCUGGCUGGCAGUGGCACCUACAUGCGCUUCGACGUCCCUCGGCCCAAAAUCAAGAGGAGCUGGCCCAGCUUCAGAGACAUGCUGCUCCACCGCUACGUCGUGUCCCGGCUCAUCUGGGCCUACAUGCUCUCCAUCGCCAUGACGUACUUCAUCACGCUGUGCCUCUUUCCCGGGCUGGAAUCGGAAAUCCACAACUGCACACUGGGGGAAUGGCUCCCCAUCCUCAUCAUGGCCAUCUUCAACCUCUCCGACUUCGUCGGCAAGAUCCUGGCUGCCCUGCCCUACGACUGGAGAGGGACUCACCUCCUCAUCUACUCCUGCCUCCGCGUGGUCUUCAUCCCCCUCUUCAUCAUGUGCGUCUACCCCAAUGGGAGGCCCACCUUCGGCCACCCCGCCUGGCCCUGCAUCUUCUCCCUCCUCAUGGGCAUCACCAACGGCUACUUCGGCAGCGUCCCCAUGAUCCUGGCUGCCGGCAAAGUGAGCCCCGAGCAGCGGGAGCUGGCAGGGAACACCAUGACCGUGUCCUACAUGACAGGCUUGACGCUGGGCUCAGCCGUGGCAUAUUUUGCCUACAGCCUCACCAGUACAUCCCACAGUACCUGUUUCUACACCGAAACUUCCAACGGCUCCUUUACAUCAGGGUACUGA